AUGUUGACCUCGAGGUCAUUCAUCCCUAAAACAUCUGCAAUAACAUCGGAGUAUACGAUAACUGAUCAUGUUCUUGGGUUUGGAAUAACUGGAAAAGUGGUACAAUGUAUCCAUAAAGCAACAGGUGUUCAAUAUGCUCUGAAGAUACUUGAAGACAAUCAGAAGUCAAGACGUGAAGCUGAACUUCACUGGAGAGUUUCGGACUGUCCAAAUGUCGUGAAAGUUGUUGAUGUAUUCGAGAACAUUAACCACAACACCAAGAAGAAUUAUCUGUUGAUUGUAAUGGAAUGUAUGAAAGGCGGGGAAUUAUUCAACAAGAUAAAGGAGCUUGAAAAUUUCACGGAGAGUGAAGCUGCAAAAGUAGUAUAUCAAAUAUCAUCUGCAAUUGCCUACCUACACGAACGAAAUAUUGCACACCGUGACCUGAAACCGGAAAACCUACUUUACUCAUCGGAUGAGCCAAAUGCUGUCCUUAAGCUUACAGAUUUCGGGUUCGCAAAGGAGGUUGUUGCCAAGAAGUCUCUUCAAACACCAUGCUAUACUCCUUACUAUGUGCCUCCUGAAAUUCUUAAUUUCGAAAGGUAUGACAAGUCUUGUGACAUUUGGUCCUUGGGGAUAAUCACCUAUAUCUUACUAUCAGGUUGCCCACCAUUUUUUAGCCAAAAUGGUCAACCAAUUUCUCCUGGUAUGAAAUCAAAGAUUCGAGCUGGGAAGUACGAGUUUCCAGAUGCACAGUGGAAACACGUUUCUAAAAGUGCUAAAGAUUUGAUAAAGAGUCUACUUCUUACAGAACCAGAUCGUAGACCUACAAUUAAAGAAGUAAUGAAUCAUCAUUGGGUUGCUCAGUAUAAUACUGUGCCUAACACACCACUUGGAACUAAUAUGUUCUUCACUACAAAAGCAUGGGAUCAGUUUCGGGAGAUAUUUCGUGAAAGUCUUAACACAAGACGUAAAGAACACUCUGAUGUUCCAACAUUAAUGACAUUGGAUGCUUCAAAGAAUCCCCUAUUAAUCAAACGGAAAUUGAAUCAACAAUCCAAUCCUGAACAUGAAGACAGUAAUUCACAAACAAUUGAUUUAUCACAGCAUUCAUCAUGA